CCUGGUCACAUGAUGGACACCACCAGCUGUCAGCUGCAUAUGAUCACACUCAGGCUGAGAAGAGUGUGUGUGUGUGUCUCUCUCUCUCAACUCCAACUAAACCAGACGGAGGUCUGUGAAAGUUGGGGGAAGCAGGAGUUAAAAGUCCUUUUACCUGUAGGCCUCUUUUUAACAGUUAAUAUCGGGCCAAAGACAGUGAGGUGGUGAUGGAGAAGCACUCACCUGAGGACCAGCUUCUUUUCUACGCCAAACGAGGCAGUUUUUCUCAUAUUCAGAGCCUCCUUCAGUCGAGGGUCGACCAGAGCAGCUCUCUGAAUGUCAACUGUAGAUCCAGGACUAAAGCCAGCUCAGGAUGGACACCUCUGCACCUGGCCUGUUACUUUGGACACAGGGAUGUUGUGGAGGAAUUGCUCAAGGCAGGUGCUGAUCCAAAUCUACAGAACAGCAUGGGUGACACACCUCUACACAAAGCGGCCUACACUGGGCGAAAGGAAAUUGUUCUGUUGCUGCUGCGGUAUGAUGCCUGUUCCAGCAUAAUCAAUGGAACAGCUCAAAUCCCCAAAGAUGUCACAGAAGAUGAUGAAAUCAUUACGAUGCUGGAGGCUGCAGAGAGAAGAGCGAUACGGCGGCGGGAGGAGAAGCUUCUGGAAGCAGCCAGAGAGGGGGACAUCUCCACUCUGUCAAAGAUGGUCAGCGUCCAGGCUUUCAAGGAACUUCUGCAGAAUCUCAGUGAAAAAGAGGCUCCAGAUAUUCACUGCAGGGACUCGAUGGGAAAUACGCCAUUGCACUGUGCAGCCUACAGAGGGCAGAGGCAGUGCAUAAUAAAGCUGCUCAAGUGUGGAGCCAGCCCCAGUGUUAAAAACUGCAAUGACCAGACUGCAUUAGACUUGGCCCGCAAUGAAGAACUGAGACUGAUUCUAGCAGCCUAUCAAGUCAAGGAUGCGAGCAGUGGGGUGCAGAAGAUUGAAGGCCCUCUUUUGAAGAGUUCACGCUUUCUCGGAUGGAGAUCCCACUGGGUGGUAAUUGAGGAUGGAACUCUCUCCUGGUACCACAGACAGGCUGACGCACUGACUGGUGUCAGAAAACAGGGCUCCAAGUCUCUUACACAAGCCUACUGCAUGGUCAAACCGUGGGAUCACUGCUUCUUCAUGCUCAGGUGCUUUGAUGACACUGUUCAUUAUUUUAAGGUGCCCUCAAAGACAGAUUCAGUGGCAACAAGAAAAAGAUGGUUGGAUGCUUUUGAGACACAUUCAUCCUAUAGCACUCGCCACUGCACCCAAGAAAAGAUAAUUGACGAUGCAGAUGGGGACGCCGCAGUGACGAAUCUGUCACACGCCCUUCAGGCAGCCAACACUCUCCAGCAGAGAUUGGAGAGUGAAGUGUCAAUAUUUCUGUCGAUGGUGAAGAAUGAGGAGAAUUCUGGUAGGAGUCCUGGAAUUGGUCACAUAUCUACAUUGGCUGGCCCUCUGUUACUGAAAGCCAAAGAGACCAGUGAGCUCUCCAGUGAAACCUGUGCUUCUCUCCAUCUGUGCCUUGAACUGCUGUCAAAACAGGAGGAGCAGGGUUGGAGUCUGAAGUUGGAGCAGGAGGAGGAGAAGAACAAAGCUCUGACAGAGGCUCUGCAGACAUUGGCGACUGAGCACCACGAACUCCAGAAGUCCCUGUGUAAGAGAAGGAGGUCUAGUCUCAGUACCCUCACUGGAGAUGACUUCUAUGACGCUGUGUCAGAGUCGGAGUCUGAACUGUCUGUGAGCGGCUUCCUGUCUGUGGCCAGCUACUCCUGUGAAGAGGACGAGGGGAGAGACACCCCCCUUCUCAGCAGCCUCUGCCAUCCCAGCGCACUCAGGGGGCCUACCGGAAUGUCAGGGGAGGGUGACCAUGGCAACCAACCAGCCCAGUACAAUGGAGUCAAGAAGCACAGAUCAUGUUUACCGGCUCCCAUGUUCUCCAGGAAUGAUGUCAGCAUCUGGAGUAUCCUGAAAAAAUGCAUCGGCAUGGAGUUGUCAAAGAUUGCCAUGCCUGUGAUAUUUAAUGAGCCUCUGAGUUUCCUGCAGCGGUUGACAGAGUACAUGGAGCACACCCACCUCAUCCACCAGGCCAAUGCCACCACAGACUCUGUCGAGAGGAUGAAGUGUGUUGCAGCAUUUGCUGUGUCGGCUGUAGCAUCGCAGUGGGAGAGGACUGGGAAACCCUUCAACCCACUACUCGGGGAAACCUAUGAGCUCAUCAGAGAAGAUUUGGGCUUCAGGUGGAUAUCAGAGCAAGUAAGCCAUCACCCUCCAGUCAGUGCCUUUCAAGCUGAAGGCCUCAAGGAUGAUUUUGUCUUCCAUGGCUCCAUCUACCCCAAACUCAAGUUUUGGGGAAAGAGCAUAGAAGCUGAGCCCAAGGGACUCAUCACACUGGAGCUGCCCAAAUAUAACGAAGCCUACACCUGGACAAAUCCCACCUGCUGUGUCCACAAUAUAAUUGUUGGCCAGCUUUGGAUUGAGCAGUACGGCAACGUGGAAGUGAUCAAUCACAAGACUGGAGAGAGAUGCAGCAUGACGUUCAAGCCCUGUGGCCUCUUUGGAAAAGAGCUCCAUAAAGUGGAGGGAUAUAUUCUAGAUAAAAGCAAAAAGAAGCUUUGUGCAAUAUACGGCAAAUGGACUGAAUGCUUAUACACAGUAGACUGUGCUUCCUUUGAUGCCCACAAAAAGACUGACAGGAAGAAUUCAGAUGAUAAAAAGGGAAAUAAACAGAGCAGUGUGGAUGAGGAGCCAGAAGAGAUGCCUCUGCCUGAUGCUGAGACAGUGCAGGUCAUCCCAGGCAGCGAGCUCAUUUGGAGGAUAACUCCUCGACCAGACAACUCAGCCAAGUUCUAUGCAUUCUCAACAUUCGCAAUGCACCUCAAUGAGCUGGAGAAGAGCAUGGAGGGAGUUAUUCCUCUAACAGAUAGUCGCCUCAGACCUGACAUUCGCGCCAUGGAGAAUGGAGAUAUAGAUUUGGCAAGUGCAGAGAAGAAGAGACUUGAGGAAAAACAGAGAAUGGCCCGGAAAAACCGCACCAAAUCAUCAGAUGACUGGAAAACAAGGUGGUUCCAGCAAGGACCCAACCCUCACAACAAAGCUCAGGACUGGCUCUACUUGAAAGGCUACUGGGACAGGAACUACACUCACCUGCCUGACAUCUACUAAUAAGUAGAAAUGCACUCAGAUCCAUGAAUCCAUCCAGUUGGAUACCUACUUUUACCACCUUUUGGACUUUAUCUGCUGUUCUGAGGUUUGUCCUACAACCAGUGUCCUUAAAACACUGAACGGAGCCAGAGGUAUAUAUUCUUAAAUAGAUGUGUAUGAACGGAAAGCACAAAAACUCUCUUUUUGCUUAUUUAUUACGGUCCUUGACCACUUAAGUAUGGUGUAGGCAUGUAUUGGAAAAACUAGAAUGUAUUUUAGGAAUAUUUAUAUUAAUAUAUAUUUGUUAGAUAGAUGGAGUGUUUAAACGGCAACCUUGGUUUUGUUCCUGGUAGUUUGUCCGUAAUUCCUGCUGGUGAUGAAAACAUUUUACUCAUCGGCUUCAGAGCAUCGAGGCUACUGCAGACUGCUACAAUGGAGUGCAUGAUGCAUCCUGAGCAUACUCAUUACAGGUUUAUUUAACUCUUAUUCUAUUAUUCAUUCUAUAAUUCAUUGCAGAGUAUUAAUAAGGGAACAGUUAGAGAAUACAUGCCUUGAAGUACAAUGAGUGUUGCAGAUAAUUAGUAUUUGACUGGAUGUGUUCAAAAUCUGCUGAUUGUUAAUCUCUGUCUUGCCAUUCGUCUUCAGAGCUGAUGAUGGUGAGUAAAUUGAUACCACAUCAGAUGAGAAUCACGGAAACUACCACAGAAAUAAGACUUAGGUUUUCAAGAUAAAAUGAAUGUUUAAAUCAUCAUUAAGCCCUCAACUAUGUACUGUAUAGAAGUGUAUAGAGACUAACGGAGUUGCACAUGAGUCUACCUGACUGUAGAUACUGUAGCACUUUUUACUCUACUGAAGCAGGGACACUGGCUCUGCACUUAUAGGUGUGUGUGUGUGUGUGUGUGUGUGUGCGUGUGUAAAAAGGUCUUGCCAUAGUUAAAGUAUAAUUAUAUUCCCAGUGCUGUUGAUCUAAUUGAAAUCUAACACCUCAAUAAAUGCAUGUGCGUCACUAUAACUAUGCAAGCCUUACCUCCUUCACACUCAAGCACUGAAUAUACCUUUUUUCAUGUUGUGGAUAGCUGCUAUAAGUUUUAGUUGUUUUUUUGUUUUUUUUUCCUGGUAUCACUCUUUUGGAUAUCAAUACAGAAUUUCUAUUGUUGCUAAAUAAAAGCUUAAUGUUAGUUGAACUAA